GCGAUGCCGGCGGCGCCAUGGCGCGGCUGUGUUCGCUGUUUGAGUCUCCGGGCCUGGGCCUGGGCCUGGGCCUGCGGCUGGUCACCGACACCGAGCUCUCGCUUGGCCCUGACCCGCCAGACGACGAUGUGGUCAGUGAAGGACGGGUACUGCUUGAGAUCUCCGACAAGAUGUACUGCUCCGCCUGUCAGUGCAGCUUCGAGAACCGAGAGGAUCAGAAGGAGCACUACAAACUGGACUGGCACAGGUUUAACCUGAGACGAAGGCUGCUUGCAGCUCAACCAGUCACCGCAGAGAGGUUUGAGAAAAUAGCAGGUGAGAUCUCCAGUAUUUCAGGCUCUGAGUCUGAGGACUCGCACUCUGACGCUGAGUUGGAACAGCUGCGUUACCACCGCAUCCAGAAUGUUCUCAGUCCCGUGGAUGAGGUUCCUCCUGCAGAAGAGAAACAGCGAGGUCGGCAAAGCCUUCGUGUUCUUUUCCAGACCACAGAUGGCACGUAUUUCUCUGUAUAUCGCUGUGUCCUGCAGUGUAAGCAGGUCCUCAGGAAGCCUGAGAACGAGGACAGCCUCCUGUCGUCACUGCUCAGCCUCAACCCUCAAACUGUCUGGGUCAUUCUGAUGACAGGCGGCGGACAUUUCGCUGGAGCUGUAUUUCGAGGGAAUGAAGCUGUUCUCCACAAGACGUUUCACCGUUACACCGUGAGAGCAAAGCGUGGAGUUUCUCAGGGCGCGAAGGACGGACAGAAUAAAACCCGGGCACCAAAGUCUGCUGGGGCCUCACUCAGGCGUUACAAUGAAGCUGCUCUUGUCAAGGAUGUUGAGGAUUUGUUGCUGAGUUGGUCCGACUCUCUGCAAACAGCCAGUGCCAUUUUCAUCCGAGCUCCCAGCUACAACAAAAAUAUCUUCUUCAGCGGCAAAGAGCCUGUCCUAAACCGGACUGACAGCCGAUUACGGAGCAUUCCCUUCCUCACCAGGAGAGCCACCUUCAAGGAACUGAAGCGUGUGCAUGCCAUCCUUUCCUCAGUGGAAAUCUAUGCAAGUGACUCAGAUAUCGCUGCGGUCCACAGCCCACAGAAACGAGUUUGGAAGGAGAAGCUGAAAGUGGUGAGAGAGGCAUCAAGUUCUGACACCGAGGAAUGUGAUGGAGAGGCUGUCAGUCUGGCUGACAUACCAACAUCCUUGGAAAUAUUGGAAGAAACACUGGGAACGUUGGAGCUCAAGGAAUUUGAUAUGUACCCGAAAAAGAAAAGGAAAAGGAAAAAGAAAAAGAAGAACAUUAAUGAGAAGGCAGCACAGAACCAAGCUCCUGACACCCUCCUUGAAGACGGAGAUGACAAGAUGACACAGAGUGAGGUAACAGAGGCUACUGAUUCUGGGGCUGCUCCAUUCUCCACUGGAGAGAAACAGAUGACGAUGCAGCUGCAAAAUGCUCAAGUGAUUGCUGCUGGGCUUUCUGAGCAAGAGAAUGAAUAUUAUCGAUUGAGGAACGAUUUGUACACAGCGUGUAAGACUGGGAAUGUGGAGCACCUGCGGGAGUUACUAAGCAAUCUGCUCCUGCUUCACAACACACAGCAUGGCCAUUCUGAGCACAAGGAAUCUUCUAAUGAGGCAACUGAGAGGACAAUAGAAACUGAGCAGCGACAUUUACAGACCCCCGGGCAAACAGGUGACAGUGAAGACAGUGAGGUGGGAGUGGAGAGUCGCCUGAACCCUGGAGCCCUGGAGAAGCAGGAUCUGUGUCCUGCAGUGGGCGCAGUGCCGAUGUUGUGCGAGGUGCUGGAUGAGUCAGGAUUCACCCUCCUACAUGUGGCGGCAGCAGCUGGUCAGGCACACGUUGUCCGCCUGCUGAUGGAUGCAGGCUGUGAUCCUGCCAUCAGGGAUAAAUGUGCUCGUCCUGCUUAUACUGUCUCCGCAAACAAGGAGACGAGGAAUGAGUUUCGCCGUUACGUAGCAGACCACCCAGGGAGGUACAACUAUACAAAAGCACAGAUUUCUGGACCACUAACCUCUGAAAUGGAGAUUAAAAAAUCCGAGAAAAAGCGAGCACAGAAAAUGGCAAAGAAACAAAGAGAGAAAGAACAGAAGGAACGGAAGAGGAGAUUAGAAGAAGAGGAAAUCGAGAAGAAGAAAUAUGCAGCUAUGAGUGAGAGAGAGAAGCGUGCACUGGCUGCUGAGAAACGCUUCGCCCAGCAGGUGGAAAACAACACAACCAAUACUGUCAGACGCUGCUGGCUUUGUGGAGAAUCUCUGUUGGGCAGAGUUCCCUUUGAAUAUCUCGAAUACAAGUUCUGCACCACCCACUGCCUACAGGAGCACAGGAAGCAGCAGCGAGUGUGAGAGAAUUACUGGGAACUGAUUACUGCAUAGAGACACUGCUACCGUGUAUGAUGGAGCAUUGAUAUGUAACUUAUAGACUGUCGAAGUGCCCGACAUAGCAGGAGGCUACAGGAAGCACAGACUGCAGGGAAUGGGGCUUUCUCCUUCCAGACUCUGUUUCUCACUGACCAGGGGAGGGAAACUUUGUUCUGUCGGGCUGUCACAUCAACCAAGGUGUUCUGCAUAAGUUGUUCUAUCAAUCCCAUUGCAUGGAAUGGGCAAGGCAUGGCCAGUAUUAAUGGGUCUCACCGGCUCUUUCUUCAGUUACUGUUCCCUGAGGAAUAGGGCAGUGCUGAUCUCAGUCCCUGGAAUGGACAAAGAGCAGAUUUCAUGCAGUGCAAUGAUCACCCUUUCUAAUCCAGGGAACAGUUUGACUCCUGUCACAGUGUCUGUCUGUCACACCUUCAUCCAAGCUACAGUUUCUCAGUGACAAUACCAGCAGCAAGUGCUUUGACAGUGAGAGGGAGAAAGGAAGCAUUUCGAAUGAGGUUUUCUCUUCCUCGGUAAGUGGCCUCCUUGAGUCUCAUCAGGAGUCUCUGUGUGUCUGUAUGCUGAAUGAUGGGUUUUUACAUGGAGUCUGUGAUAAUUCUGCAUUCAAUAAAGGUCUUGUUAUGGG